AUGUCGGAUGCUGAUGUCUUUGACCUGUGGUUCGACAACUCGGUGCAGCAGGGGUCCUUCAAGCCGGACGAUCUCCUGUCGCAACCGCAGUCGCAGUCGCAUCCGCCGCCGCAGCCUGCCCAGCAACAACAGCAGCAACAGCAACGGCCCCAAUUCCAACCUCCCCCGCCUCCUCCUCCGCGAAGAAAUCAGCAGCAGCAACAACAACAGAAGCAGCAGCAGUCCACGAUCCAGCGUCCGCCGCUGCCGCAGCCGCAGCCGCAGCCUGACCUCCGACGUCAACCUCCUCCUCCUCCACCUCCUCCCUUCGCCGCCGACAUGUCGGUCGCCAACACCGCCAACGGCAAACCGCAGCCGCAGCAGCGCCCCUCGAGAAGCCCUGCCCCGCCCCGCGACGAGGAGGCCGUCUCCAAGAUCCCGAAUCUCCUCCCUCACGAGCGCGUCUUCCCCAUCCAGAUAGGAUCCGAGCUGUUCAAGCUGUCCGGCGCCUCCAUUUCGUCUGAUGGUGCGUCCACGAUCCCUGCCUUCCCUGCCAACGUGAAGCCGAUCCUAGACAUCCGCUGGAAGGACCGGCCUCCUCCUUCCUACUUCUCCCAGUACUUCUACUGCCAGGUCAAGAAGGCGAAAGAGACCGGCGAGGACCUCUCGAGCGCCAUCCGCACCCUAUACAUCGAUCGCGACCCAAAGACCUUUGCCGACAUCUCCCUCCACCUCCAGGGCUACCAUGUCAAGCCACGAGACGGCACGCACUUUGUGCGCCUCUUCGCCGACGCUCAAUUCUACAGCUUACCGAAGCUGAUAUCACAACUAUACGAGGAGUCAAUCUUCAUCUCCAUCGGCCACCGCGAGUUCCAGAUCCCCCGCGACAUCUUCACAGACCCGGGCAACUCCCCCAACUUCUUCUCCCUCGGCUUUGCCGUCUUCUUCUCGAACCCAGAGGACCUCUUCCCGGGCCUCGACCGUGAAGGCCUCCUCCGCCCGCCCUCCAUCCUGCCCCCCUCCGUCGCAAACCGCUCCGCCGACACCUUCGCCGAGAUCCUGCACCUCCUCCGCGGCUACCCCGUCACCAUCCGCAACGAGAGCCACCGCGCCGAGCUUCUCCGCGACUGCAGAUACUUCAACUUCAAGGGCCUCGAGCAGAAGCUCAUCCCCCACAACAUCAGCUACAACCAGUCCCGCCGCCGCGAGGAGAUCGUCCUGCGCCUCGAGGACAUCCUCAAAAGCGGCAUCAGUGUCGCCGCCGACGCCUCCUCCACGAUCUCCUCAUCCUCGGGUGACCACUUCACGGGCUGGGUCAACUACGCCCGCCCCUACGUCGACGACCGCGCGGCCGAGCUCGUCCUCGAGAUCGGCGGCGAGAGCACCCGCCUGCACUUUCAGCCAAACUCCAUCCGCGCAGAGUUCUUCCGCGACACCCGCGCCCGCGUCGCCCGCAUGUUCGAGGUCGUCGCGACCAAGCUCAAUCUGCCUCCGACGACCCAACCCCUGGGUCUGCUCAUGGCAUCCGGCGGCGCGGGCAGCCAGCCCCCGACUCCGGGACACACGCCUCUCAGUGAAGACCUCGUCCGCGUCGUCAUCGACCCGGACACCUCCAUUACCCUCGACGGCAAACCGUAUACCUUUGACACCCCCGCUCCCGCAGACGACCAGGCCUCGUCGACUUCGAGCACCGGUCAAGGCGGCGGGCACGAGUCUCCGUCGGCGUCCACCGCUGCCGCCGGCUUCCUUCCGAACUCGCGGAAACGCCGACGCAUCGACUCGUCUGGCUACGCCGCCGGCGGCAGCCACGCUGCGCUGGCGGCCGAGGAGUGGGUCGUCAGGACAGGUCAGUGGCGGCUCAAGAUCCAAGGCACCCGCAACGGCAAGAGCGGCGUCGAGUGCGUGCUCGUAGCCAUCAAGCUCGACGCCUACAGCUCCGAGAGCGCGCGCAAUUCGACCAGGGGAUUCCUGAACGGGUGA